AUGGUCAUACUGAUGUCUAAGCUAGCGGUAUCUGGCUCUCUGAGGGCGCGUGAUCUCUGCACUAACGUCGGCCAACUUGGUCCAUACGCAGUGUUGCGCCCUGACCGACCCGAUGCAUGGGGAAUUGAACUGCGAGCGCCUGAUGCACGUCAUAUCAGCCACAUAUGUUGA